ACCUUUGUUCACCUUUCAUCAAAAGGCUAGUUGAGAAAAAAUAAUCACUUCUAGCCAAACAAACACACAAAAACAAAAAUUAGAAAAAUCAGUCACUCCCUCUUUCUCUCGUUCGUUCUCGCACUCGAUCUUCACUCCCAACCCAAUCACCGCUCCUCGCAGCCGCCGGAAGUCUCGAAGGCGCCGUCGGACCCCUUCCCCCCACGACCUUGCCGCCAACUCAAUCUGCCUCAAAGCAGAGGAUCUUUUCACUGCACAGUCUCAAAAGCCAGCACCGAAUCAUAAUUUUCCAUUGUUUCAUAUGUCAAACACACACCUCUCAUCCAAACGCUGCACAAGCUACAAGAAUGUACAAAUCAACGGUUAUAAAUAGUUCCUUCAAUUCACUAAAUGCAACUAAUCCCUCGUUAGGUCUUGUUCUUUGAGUUCCAUCAUUUUCUGAUUCAAACCCAUCUUCAAUUCACGCUAAUUGUAUCCAAAGUUUUCAUCUUUACCAAUUGGGUCUAUGGUAUUUUUGUCUUUUGUUUCUAUAUAAUUUUUUAGAGUUUUUGAAGCUAUGGAAGCUUAUAAGAGAUGGGUUAGACAGAACAAAGACUAUGUCCACUCCUUAGAGUCUUUGGCCAAUGGAUUGACAUGGCUUCUUCCUGAACGGUUUUCUGAAUCAGAGAUUGGACCAGAAGCAGUGACAACCUUUUUGGGAAUCGUCACUGCUAUCAAUGAACAUAUAAUUGAUACUACUCCUAACCAAAAUAUUACAAGCUCUGUUGAGCCUAAUUCAUUUCCUUAUCCAUUAUGCUUAUCUGCAUUAAAGGAUGUGGAAACGUUAGUUGAAGUGGUGGCACAACAUUACUAUGGGGAUGAUAAGAAAUGGAAUUUCCUUGCUGUUACCGAAGCAACCAAGGUACUUGUUCGAUUAUCUUUGUUUCGAAAGAGUGGAUAUAAAAUGUUGUUACAUGGAGGGGAGACAUCUAAUGAUGUGAUGCAUUCAGACGAUUCUUCUACUUCACAACAUCAAAUAGCCGGAAAUCCGAAAGGGCGUUUUAAACCUGGAACAAACCCUUGGAAUCUGGAAGGAAGAGCACUUUCUGCUUUAAGUCAAUUUGGAGAAAAAGCACGAAUGGUGUCAGAACCGGUGUGGUUACGUAGGGUUCAUCACCAACAAGCAAUCAUGGAGCCCACUGCUUCAAGGGCAGUGACACCUACACUAUCCACCAUACUGUCAAAAAAGGGUUUUCGUGGAGCUUUGUUUUUGAUAGCAGAAGUUCUAUUUAUUGCUAGACCGCUUAUUUAUGUUUUAUUUAUUCGAAAAUACGGUAUUCGGUCAUGGACCCCUUGGUUUCUUUCACUGGCUGUUGAUAGCGUAUCAAACAGUAUUCUCUCACUUGUUACAACAACGGUGGCGAGUGAAAAUCAGAAAACAAUUCAUAUUUCUGCUCCAGAAAAGGAUGAGGUUAAACGACGGAAGCUGUUAUUCGUACUUUACCUAAUGAGAGAUCCAUUUUUCAGCAAAUAUACUAGGCGAAAACUCGAAAGCACAGAGAAAGUUUUGGAAACUAUACCUGUCAUCGGAUUUCUUACAGCGAAAAUUGUUGAGCUUACGAUCGGAGCUCAAACACGAUACACUUACAUGUCAGGAUCAUGAUACAAAAGUCCAAAAGAGAGACCUUAUUGCCCUCCAAAAUUGAGGGAAGAUAUUCUCACACAAGGGAAAAACUAAAUGCCUUAGCCGAUAAGGUUGUAUGGACUUUAUCAUCCACCAAAUCUUCUGAUCUCCUGUUCUCAAUUAUGUUAAGCAGCUCCUGAUCUCCUGUUCUCAAUUACCCUUUUUAUAGGGGAGCCUUGCCUCUUGAUCACCACCGUCUGAUCCGAACAAAAAGGAAUGCUUCACACUAACUUUUGUUUCUGAUUAUUCAAAUGAUGAAGUGAUAUCAAAUUUGAUACUAUUGUGAUUGAAAAGCAAGAAACAAGCAAGUGUGAGACAAAUUGUUUGCAAGGAUAGUUCAACUGUCAACAAUAGGGCAUAAAUUGGGAGAUUGGGGGAUUUUGUUCAACUGCAACAAUUACGCUUAUGAUUUUGAACAUCAAUUGGAUAGUUACAUUGUAUCUAUUGAACUUAGAAAUUAUUUUUUUUUAGGCUAAA